CGGGCUCAAAAACAAAAAAUGGCCUGAUCAAAACGGCAAGAUCAUGGAAAGUUUUAUAGAUAUCACAAGCGGGCAAAAGAAACUUCAAAAACCUAUCUCGUAUGGCGACAAUGAAAGUGUUAUAAGCGAUGACAGUUCAAGUCCAAAGAGUAUAGAUUCUGACUACAGUUUUGAAACUACAGCAAGCUCGCUAGAAGACGAACAAGGGCAAUAUACUAGCGAUGAGUCACGGGCAUCUAGCCGACUCAGCCGACAAUCGUCGAUCGUUGAUGGGCUUUUAACUGAGAUUUAUGAUCGCUACCACCAUGGGUCUAGGUCAGGGGACAGUGAUAAUGUCACAGAAUGUUCUACAACGUCGUUUUAUAGCGGAUCGUUUGAGUUGGACGAACGCACACAAAGAUGGACCCGUUCACAACUGAAUGGCAAAGGUGAAAUUAUAUAUGAUGCUCAUUUUGAACCGAUUUUUAGUCUAAUUUUGUUUUAAAAUGCUUGGAGAAAAUGCUUUGUUUGCUUAGUUUGAAAUGCUUAGUUUCAAGGGUUUUUUUUGAACAAAAUGAUGAGAUAACGUCACCGCAAAUAUAUAAAUAUCGUAUUGUAGUAAAAGUUAUUUAAAAAACUUGUUCCAUUCUGAAUGAGAAUUAAAAAUCCAUAUGAAUAAAUAUUAGUUUGGCUUUUUCCUUUCAUUACAAAGAACUUUUAUACAAAAAUAAGUCAAGUACGUUAAUCUGCAUUUAAACCAUUAUAAUUGCUACGAAGAUAGCAUAUAUUUUUUAGAGAAAGCAGUUUUUAAAUACCCAAGUAUUUGACCAAAUUUUAAACGUUGACGUUCAUGGAAAAUCUGUGAACGUUUAAUAUAAUGUUGUAUAAAUAUUAAACGUACAAUAUAAUUAACUGCAGUUUGCGACAAAUUUAAUAAUUUGGAAAUUGCUGUUAAAUUAUAAAUAAACAUUUAUAUUCUAAAAAUGAUAUUUAUAAAAUCACUAAAGCUCAUCGUUUUCCUUUUAGAUUUGGGCGAAAUUCGUCGCGUUUCGGACGAGUUGAGUAGCUACGUUACGUUGCUGUCUGGUCGACUGGUUCGACAGUUGAAGCGUCGUGAUAAAAAUGCGUACAAAUUACAACGAAAUUUUGAUAUUUUGACGGCCAUUCUCCAAGCUGUUUCUCUCAAAAGGCGUAAGUUUUUUUCAUUAUUUUGCA